ACAAUGAAGGAGCAGCUCCGCGACCAAAGGUCACUCCCACAACCCGCCAUCCUCACCUUCCAACUCCGCAAACUCAUCACGUUCUGCCUUCUGCUUGCCUUAGCCUUCUCCAUGGGCUUCAUUACCAGUUUCUAUGUCAGGGAUACUACUAUCACUAAUCUUCUCCAAACUGCUCACGUAGCCAAUCUGUCUUCGUCUUUGCCAGUACCAGUACAAACUUCUGUCAUGCCGGGGAGGACGGCCACACUCAUGCACGAGAUGAACGACGAAGAGCUGCUUUGGAGGGCGUCCAUGGUGCCGAGGAUCCAAAGGAAUUCAACAAAGCCAGCGCCUAAGGUUGCUUUCUUGUUCUUGACGAGGGAAGAGCUCCCACUCGCCCCACUGUGGGAGAUGUUCUUCAAGGGGAACCAAGGGCUGUUCUCCAUCUACGUGCAUUCCCAUCCGGAUUCCAAUUGGUCUCUGCCGAGUUAUUCCGUUUUCUACGGAAGAAGAAUUCCCAGCAAGGUCAGUUCCAUGCUCCGAUUUGUCGGCAGAGAUUGCACUGACAGAGAUAGAAAACAGGGGUGGCAGAGUUAA